CAUACGUCAUUAUCAAAUAUUUAACCCAAAACCUUCUCUCUCUCUAGAGCCCUCCAUCGAUAUUUCUUCUUUGACAAGUCGGAAGGAUAAUUCGUUCCUACCAAUCUAAUAUAAUCUUCGUGUUCUGUCUGAUUGGAUAUUUUGUUUAGUUAUAAUUCGCCUUCGCCUUCGCCUUCGCCUUCGCCGCAAACCCUCAUCAAUUUCCGAAAUUGAGAGUGAUCUCAUCUCAUCUGGAAGAAGAAUGAAAGUCUCUGUAAUCUGGAGAGGAAACAAAUACACCAUCGAGAUCGAUCCCAAGGCUAAUCUUCAGGAUUUCGGUUACGAGUUGAGAAAGUUAACGGGCGUUACGGCGGAGACGCUCCGUCUGAUCGUCCCUCGGUUAAAUGAAAAAGGCUCAAACUUGAUACUUCCCUUUUCCGACGAGCACUUGAGCUUGACCUUGCACGAAUAUUCCAUCGUUGAGGGCAAAACUAUCAGAAUGAUGGGAGUGACUGAAGAAGAGGUCAAUGGAGUUCAAAAAGAUGCAAUGCCCGACAUGAGAAUACUUGGCUUCGAGGACGAGGAGAGAAGGCUUAGGCUAAAGAAGUUCUCCAGCACUUCGAUCAAGCUCCCACAGGGUCCUUACAUCUUCUGCGGCUUCCGCACUCUUCAACUCCCUGGUGUAGAGUUAAACCCUCCUCCUGCUGAUGCUUUGAAGAGAAUGCACAUGCUUGCAUCCGACCCUGGUAUUAUCGCUAUUAUGAACAAGCAUCGUUGGAGAGUAGGGAUUAUGACCGAACUUGCUCCUGUUGGUUAUGUUGGUGUUAGUCCUAAAUGUCUUCUUGGCUUUAACAAGAAUCAAGGAGAAGAGAUCUCUUUACGUCUUCGGACUGAUGAUCUAAAGGGAUUCAGGAAGUACCAGAGCAUCAAAAAGACACUACUCCAUGAGCUGGCUCACAUGGUAUACACGGAGCAUGAUGAAAACUUUUAUGCUCUUGAUAGUCAGUUGAACAAAGAAGCUGAAAGCUUAGAUUGGACUAAAUCAAGGGGUCACACUUUGAAUGGAGCGAAAGGUACAAAGGACUUUGAUGAUGAAGAGGACUUCUUUGAUGAUGAAAACUUUGGUCAGAGACUUGGUGGAAAUCAAUACGAUCAUCUGGGAAAUGCUCGUCAAUCGUCUGUUGCUGCUGCUUAUCGCCGUCUCUCCCAGACUACUGACGUUGGUGCUUCGAAACUGAGAGAGGAACCUGAUCCUGAUGACUCUGUUGAGGUUCGAGACGAGAAUAAACAGCCAAUUCAACAUGAAGCUCACUCUGAUUCUAGGAGUGAGUUUGAGCCUGAUCCUGACGACACCACUGAAGAUGCAUCAACACCAGAUCAUCACUCGGGAUCGCUUGAAAUCGCCAGUGGUGUUGCCCAUCCUGCUGAACCUGAUCCGGAUGAUGUGGAAACACGCACAAGUAUAGCGAAAGUUGAAAACAUGGUAAUGUCAAAUGACACAGUCAUGUCGGAUGGUAAUUUAAAUAGACCUCCUGGAGAAACCAUUGCAGAUGAAACAAUCAUUAGGAUAAAUGAGCCAGAUCCAGAUGAUAUGGAGAUUCAGAGGAUCCAAGACUCUGUUACCAUCGUUUCUAACCGUCUCACGAAAGCCAUAAAUGCCUUGAAAACUGGAGCCAGCUCCGGUGAAGCAACCAAUGUGCUACAAAUGCUUCUUAAAAUAGUGAGGAACAUCAUUGAGCAACCAAAUGAAAUGAAAUUCAAAAGGCUGCGUAAGGGAAACCCUGCAAUUAAGCGCAAGAUACUCAACUUCGCAGCUGCGGUAGAGAUCCUUUCCGUGGUUGGCUUUGGGGAAGAGAUUGUAUCGGAAGGCACAGGAGCACAAGAACCAUAUUUGGUACUGAAACGCAAUGACCCAGGCCUCUUGUGGAUUGCCAAGUCCAUGAUUGAAUCACACACCACAGGUUCCUAGAUAUUUUGUAUAUUCCGUCAUCUCUCUUAUUAAAAACUGUCCUAAAUGUAAGAUUUGAGACUGAUUAUAUAAGAAGCGUCGUUCUGUUACACUAUAUAGAAACAUAACAUUUACUCUAAUGCAGUGUGAAUCUGUUGAUU